CCUUUAGAUAAGGCCUCUAGGUAAAGUACACAUUAUAUUAACAUCCACUAAAAGAAUAUUCUACCUCAUGACAAGGCACUUCUAUCAGCACUAUGCUUUUUCAUUUAUUUAUUUAUUCUUCAUAGCUAAAAUAAUUAAUCUUCCUUCAAUCCGUCAGAAUCGAUGACAACACUGGAGCUACACCAAUGCAAUGCCAUUAACAAAAGCAUACAGCAUUAUAUUUCAUAUCGCUAUCCCAUUUCAUUUUGACUCUUAAAGACAGAUAGAUUUUGAGCCGGCAUCGAGUACCCUAGUCCUCACAGAACUUAAAGCAUAAGUUGCGACAAUCGCACGAUACUUUCUAUCGCAUUCAGUAUCAUAAUCCCGCGCACAAGCAGAAAAGCUUAUGUACCAGAAGCAUUUCAUUGGUUUCCUAGGGUUAUGCCAUCUAGCCGGAUACCAACCCCAAAUCGACCGACCUAUGACAAACCUUUUCAUGAUAUGGUCGCUUCUAGCACAGGGCAAGCUGUUUCUGAUGCAAGCGUAUCAUGUCUCCCAACAGGCAUCACCGCUCUCAAUCUUGGGCAACAUCGGGUCGAAAUCAACCCGUGUAGGGAUUCUGUGGCCCGUUACGGGCAGUCGACCUCCUAUAACCCCGUCAUCGCAAUAUUUGACGAUUCGCUUACGAGCAGUGUCAAUUAUGGCCUCGAUAUUGUAUUGAUAAGCCCGGGAAAUCUUGAUCUCGUCGUACUCUUUGAUACUUUGCAUGUAGGCAUCUUCAUGAGUCAAGCCCGGCUUGAAAGUUACAUACUGUGGAUAAUGACAGAACUUGCCAUCAGCGUCCACAUAUAGGAAUGUGAUCACGAUUUUCUUGCCGUUGUCGUCAAUUAAGGGAACUAUAAACGCUUUCUGACCAGCCUGCAUGGCUGUCGGAAGUUGACGAGUUGAUUCCUGCUCGCCAUCCUCUCGGGCAAGUUCGGGUUCCUCGCUCGAGGCUGGGAGAUCUCGGCUCCAUACGCCAACCUCAAACUGUCCGUCUGUUUCCAUAUAAGGUAUGUAUUCUGGGCUGCAGGUAGGUUUGCGAGGAUCCCAGUCAGAGAAGAUGCUGGAGAAGAAGGACUCGCGUUGAGAUCGUGUGAUUGGGCAGAGACUGAGAAGGUCGGUGGUGUUGUGGGAAACCUCGAGCCAGGCAAAAAGUAGGUCUCUUAGGCAGUGCCUUUCUAAGUAUGUUAGAUGGCAGUAGUGUGUGAUGAACGCAUGAGGUGCGCGAGUGGUGGUAACAUUAGAGUCUCCAAGGAAGUCUUCUAGCUCGGCGCCCUUGAUGGGAGUAAAUGCCACCUCGAUGCUCUGAUGAGCCAUUUUGCCUCUUCUUCGAUUAUACGCGUAUUGGGAGAAAGCUAAGUCUUCUUAGAAUCGA